UUACCCAUCAUGCAACGAGCUCUGUUGUGACCCCAAAAUGGCGACGUGAGGGAGGUGGAAGACUGGCUUUUCGGCGGGUUUAUAUCACCAAACCUUCCUCUUCUCCUGCCCGUUAACCAAGAAAGGGGCGCAAGUGAGCAACGUUAAGGUCUUUGGAAAUGUCGGUCACAUGUCAAUGACAUUGAUGCUUCAGCACAUGUUGUCAUGGACACCAUGCCCGUAACCAUGGAGAUGCUGACGGAGCACCCGCCCAUCGCCACGCCCGCAGAGUUGGCAGUGCCGUACUUCCGGCUUCACGGCGUCUUCCAAGAUGAGCAAAUGGAAGAGUACACCGAAACUUUCCUCUUACGCCUCUAUAGGUGUAAAGCAUGCCAGUUUAACAGCUUCUUAGUGGACAAUUUUGUUUCGCAUCUGAACGACACACACUUUGACAGCAGUGAGAAGUCGAAUGGCUUUCCGGAAAAUGAUGUCGGCAAGAGUGCUGGAGAGGAAAUGUCUUGUGACAUGUUCUUCAAGGACUCAGCCUCAGAAAAUGGCGACUCCAGAAGGGUGGUUGAAAAACCAGCGCCGGCAUUAAAGAGAAGCCUGUCUGAUAGUGCCCUGAAUAUUCCCCCGCGCAAGAGAGAAGCUACCGGUAGUUCUUUGCCUCACGCCAGCAAGAGAACCCAGGCUCGGAGCAAGGAGUCGAAGCCAAAGAUGCCCAAACCUAGCAAAGCAACCUCACGCAUGAAGAAAUCUCGCAAGGCCAAGCAGAAAAGACACGUGCAGGAGAGUUGGCAGAAAGACAUCGGGAGGAUACUCGUGGUGCAGAACACGGGCGACGGGGAUGACGACUCAGAUGACGACUACGCCGACUUUGAAGAGCCGAGCGAGAGACGUCAGCGGAAGGCCAGGAAGCCUCAGAAGAGGCCCAACUACAUGAGGAAGAGGAACCCGCAGCGAGGUAUGAGGUACUCCUGUAACAUCUGCGGCCUGAAGUUCUGCAGGGAGGAUGAACAGAAGCUGCACAUGCAGUGCCACGUUGAGGGGGAGGAAGGCUUCAAGUGCAUCUACUGUGAUGAGCGGAGUAAAGACUGGAGGAGGACCUACAGACACAUGUUCAGGGCUCAUGAUGUCCCCGCACCUUACGUCUGCAAGGACUGUGGCUUCAAGUGCAUGAAGGCCUGUGAGCACGAGCGACACCUCCUCAUGCACUCCGACGCCCGGCCGUUCAAGUGCGACCAGUGCACGAGCGCCUUCCGCUACCGCAGGAACCUCCUCCAGCACAAGAAACGCUCCUGCAAGAGCUCCCCCAAGGAGUACAUCUCUCAGAAGCACUUCCAGUGCCCGACCUGCCUGACCUGGUUCUCAGUGGAGGAGGAGCAGCAGCUCCACACCAAGUGUCACCGGAAGGAGGGGAAGGACUUCAAGUGUCUGCACUGCGACCACAUCGAGACCGAGUGGAACAAGAUCUUCCGACACAUGUACCGGGAACACAACAUCCAGGGUCCCCACGUCUGCGUCAUCUGUGGCUUCAACUCGCUGAAGAGGGGGGACCUGAACAGGCACAUGUCUGUCCACACCGCCGACAAGCCGUUUGUCUGCGAGAUUUGUGGGAAAGGCUUCAAGCACAAAAGGAACAAGGAGGCCCACAAGAGAGACAUGCACAGUGAUCACCCCCAGGUUAGGAAGCGGAUCCAGCCAGAAGGACCCAGGCUGAAGUGUGGCCAGUGCACCAAGACAUUCAAGGAUGAAAAGAUUCUGCAGAAGCACCAGAUUGUCCACACUGAUGAGAAGCGGUUCAUGUGUGACGUGUGUGGGUUCGCCACUCGCAGGAAGGCAGGACUGGAACUGCACAUGAGGACUCACAAAGGAGACAAGAAGUUUAAGUGUGAGUUCUGUGACUACGCGACCGUGGACCGUAGCUGCCUCAGGCGACAUCGGUGGAGACAUAAGGAUGAGAACCCUUAUAAGUGUAACUGGUGUGACUACAGUUGUAUCCAGAAACAGUGUAUGGACAUCCAUGUGAGGAAAAAACAUACUGGUGAAAUGUAUCGUUGUGACAUGUGCGACUUCAAGACUCCAGUCCGCCAGGCGUUCAACAAGCACAAGCGCGCUCACGCCGAGUCGGCCUCAAACAUGGACCAGGGCCACCAGGGGCACCACCAGGGACAACACCAGGGCCACCAGUACCCGGCACCUCCGUCCCCAGCACCACUAACCCACACGGAGAUGGUGAGCGCCGUGAACAGUGUGGAGACAGUGGAGGGGAUCGUACAACCUGCUGUAUGGGCAGCAGUAUGGACUAAUGCUGGAGUAUUACUUUAG